CCCGCGUGCUAGUAGAGUAGAGCCGUGUGCAGAGAGGGGCCCCACGUGGUGGAGAAUGAGAGCCGUGUACAGAGGAGGGGGCCACGCACCGGUAGAUGGGAGCAUAUAAAAAGGCGCUCCCGCCGGCGGAUCUCAGUCUGCUGUUCCCCUAGUUAGAGUAUGCACCUAAGUCUACAGUGCACUGCUGAAAAGGGCUGUAUGCUGUAAACAUACAGCAGCACUGCUGGGACUGUUAGCAUACAGUCACUGGACAUACCUGAGUCAGGAGCAGAGGCAGAGUGAGAGGCGCCGCUAACUGAAGCCGAAUGAAGUGUCGGCGGAAGGAAGGAGACCCUCCAGGUCUGCAGUCCACUAGAAUGGCCAGAGCGGCAAGGAGCGUAAGCGGCAGCAGGAGAGCGAGUGGCUCCAUAGCAAUAGAGGGGAGCCAGUAGAAGCUAAGCCGAUUUCCUGUAUAGCGGAGGCGGGGCAUUGCAGUAUAGAGGUACCACCUGCAGCAGGGACGAAGCAGUUUAAGCCUAUCAGAAAGCCAGGGGAGGAGUCAGGGGAGCACCACACAGCCGCAGCAGCACAGCCAAGGAGGUGUAAGUGAAAACCCAGUUACCUGCACCGCACUCAGCAUCAUAGGCUGCAAUAGAUACUCUGCCUUAAUUAAUCAGGAGGCAGCAGAUAAUAGCUCAAAGUGGCAUAAGCCAGUACCAAGUUUUCAGUAGUCAUACCUGUAACUGAGUGGCAUAAUAUAUGGGAAGCCAAGUACAGGUAGCUGUUAUAGCCAUUAAGACACUUAUGCUAUUAAAUGAGCACAUCGAACUAUAAAGACAUUUAUUGCUCACCUCAACAUUUGCUAUAAAUCUCAGCCCUGCAUUAGUUUGAGGAGGGAAAGACAUUAAUACUCAGACAGGGGUGAAAAUCACAGCCCCUUAUAGGCUAUAAAUUGAAUGAAUCUCAUGGAACCAAGAACAUAGUGGCUUUCAGAAGUUUGGUGGUGCAUUUUUCCAGUACAUCAAUCAUUGCUGUUAUUAUGUUAAAAAAUAAGCAACAGACCAAACUUGUACCCCUCAGAAAACUUUUGGAUGGAACAGAAAGAGCAAAUAAAAGUGAUUCAUGGGAUUAUACAGGUGGACAUUUAAAUCAUAACCACCUUUUCAAGCCACACAUUCUAGAAGAGAAGGUUUUCUGGAAAUCUGCAAGAAAGGCACCACACUUACAACCUAACAAAGACAAAGAUCAGAGACUGCCCUCACAAUCACAUACAAAGAUAAAAGAACUAUUUGCACUGAAUACGGAUGAUCCCAAGAGAAAAUCAUUGUGUGAGAUCAGUCAAGACACAAAACAAACUGGCCCAGCUACACCAAAGAACACACCAUUUUCUAGUCUUGUUCUGGAAACUCAGUCACAAGGGAGAUGUAUGGAAAAUCUAGAGCACACACAUCAUAAAGAGACAUCACAGAUAGAAGAGCUUCAGCAGCCUGAAUUAAAACCACCAACGUUUCCUUGUAAGAGGAAUAGAACAUCCCAGAAUUAUUUGGAGAAAUACCAAUUUGUGCCAUCUUACUUUACUGGCCUGACUAAAUCCGAUCAGUUCAACAUGUUUUUGCAAUUUGAUAGAGAAAUUCUUCAAAAGCAAUUUUUGACAAAAGAGUUCUACAAGAAUGUGUCUGUUGAGUACUACGAAAAGAACUUAGCAAAGGGACUUCUUAAUAUUGAUCAUAUUAGACCUCCACAUUUUGUCCAUCUGGAGAUCUUCAGUGAAAUAUUCAGAAAUAUUUGCAAUGAGUCUUCUCUUUUUGGAAAUAUACUGAGACAAAUUAAGAGUGCAUAUGAAUUAUACAUAGAUUACCUUUUGGAUACUCAAUCUUCAAUACAACAUGAGGUUUUAAGGUCAGAAAUAGUUGGCAUGAAGAAAAGACCUGUGAAAUCAGAAGAUGUAGAUGAAGCAAUGAAGACUGUAAGGAAGCUUGAACAAAAAGCUCUUAUUGCCUUGGAGCAUAAUGACCAACUAAGAAAUAGUUUGAAGAAUAAAUCGACAAACACAUCCAUCAAUGAUACAGAUACAAAUAAAGAGCUUCUGUUACAUUCACCAGAAAAAGAACCAUCCAAAGAUUCCUAUUGUAUAAAUGAGAAAGAUGUAUUUGUGUUGAAGAGGAGAGAAGUGUUGGCAACAUCGUUGGAAGUGAGUGCUCUAGAGCAAGAAAUAAGGAACAACAUGACCCAUGCACUAAAUGCUGAAACAACAGAGCAAUAUAUCAAAGACGUAAAGACAGAGACUGUGAAACUUCAAUCAUCAAAUGCUUUUCUUCAAAGUGCAAAUAAGGACCUUGAUACUGAAAUCAAAAGGUUGCUGAUGAAACAGAAGCUUACUUUAGAUAAACAAGAGGAACUUAAAAACCUGAUGGAAUCCUUCCUAAAAACUGAAGACUUAUGAGGCAGCUCCUUCAAGUCAUGUCAUGCUUUUAACAGUAUUAUUAUAAAUAUAGCAUGUACAGUACAAAUAUAUCCAGAAUUAUUCUUCA